AGAGUUUGGCAUUUCCUCUGAGCUCACUGGCAGAAAAACCAGAGAGAGAGAGACCGGGAAAAAGAGAAGACAAGAGAGAAAGAACAAGAGGACAAGAGAGAGAGAACCUGUUCGAGAGGAGUCUUCACAAAGACAGAUAAACCUGACAUCAUACAGCUCUGAAGAGGAGGGGAAAAACAGGAGGGACAGAUUGAAGAAGAGAGGAGGAGAAGGAGGAGCAACUUGUGAAGAGGAACUUCAACUGACUUUAAACUGAACAAACAAGCUGGAGAGGAGAAGAAGAAUAAGAAGUGGGAGUUCUGUUACAAGAAGGAAGGAGAGGAGAAAACAGAGAGAAGAACAUUGAGGCACAGAGGAGGGAAAAGACGAGAGAGAGAGAGUCAGCGUGUGUGUCAUGAUGGGUUAGCCUGCCCUGACCCUGUCUCAGUUCUCUGGCAUCGCUAAAGAACAAGUCCUAGCCAGACAAGAAGAAGAGAAAGAACGAAGGAACCUAGGAGCAACAGAAAGGAGGAGAGAGGGGGAACGAGAAGAAAGAGAGGGAACGAGAAGAGAGAGAGGGGGAACGAGAAGAGAGAGAAAGAGAGCGAGAGAGAGAGAGAGAGAGAGAGAGAGAGAGAGAGAGAGAGAGAGAGAGAGAGAGAGAGAGAGAGAGAGAGAGAGAGGAUGAGUGUGUACACUCUGAACCUGCGGGUGUUCUGGCCUCUGUUGACCUGUGUGUUGACAGGUCUGGUUUUCCACCACCACAUAACCCACUGGCUAUGUCCAGAAUCAGGCCCAGAAUCAGGCCCCGAUCCUGGGUACGAGGCUGGGACAGAGCCCUGCUCUGACCAGGGCCCUCCUGUCUUUUUCUCCCUCAUCAAACUACUACUGGCCUGUGUCCUCUUCUACCUCUUCAUAAGGUACUGCUCCACCCACCCAGGGGGGCCCCAGAGGGUGCCUCUCGAGGCCGCUGACGGGGCUCUGAAAUCGGGUUGGUCUCGUCGAGAGGUCCUGGAGGACUACUACGAGCGCUGGGUGCGUCUGUCUCCUCACGUCCUGGGGCACAGCAAGGCCCACGUGGCCAAACUGGUCGGGGAGCUGGUCAGAGCCGGACGUGCCACUGGAGGUAUCCCAGAGUCCUCACUGGCGUUCCGGGGAGACUUCCUGCAGGUGGGCAGUUCAUACGAGGAGCACAAGGUGGGCGCUCCAGAUUACUAUGACAUCCUGGUACCUCUGAAGAUACCCCGAGAACUGAGACUGGAGCCACGAGUAUACAGGGGGGAGAGGAGGGGGGAGGAGAAGAAGAACGAGAGAGGAGAGGAGAAGGGAGAGGAGAAGGGGGAGGGCAAGAGGAAUGUGAGGGAGGAGAGGGAGGAGGUUAAAGAGAACGGGAGAAAGUCAGGGAAGGGGAACAGGAUGAGGGUAAGAAGCAAUAAAGUGAAGGAUGUCCAGAAGGACGACAGCAAGGUGGAGGAGCAGACAGAGGUCAAAGAAGAAGGGAAGGAAGACUUGAAGGACGAGGUGAAGGAAGAGAUGAAAGGGGAAAGCUCAGACGACGGUGGGUGGAGCGGCGUGCCACGGUGCAGUCUAGAGACUCCUCGCCGUGGUGACUGGCUACGAAAACACCGCAACUUCACUGACACGUUUUUACGAAUGCACCCUUCUCGGGGGUUGCCCGAAAGGUCAUCGAGGUCACUGUCAGGGGUCACGGCAGUGUCAGGAGGAGGGGGCGGAGUCUAUCGCCUGACCCCGGACUCCGUCCUCCGUUGGUUCUACCCGGCGGUCCAGCGUUGCCUAGCAACCGUGCGCUACCCAUUCGAGCAGCGCUGUACGCUGAGUCUGGCACUGGCCGACGACCGUGUGCAGCUCCGCCUCACACCGCGUUCCGACUACGUCUGCUGUCACAUCUCCAUGGCAAUACGGCUCCUCCCCGCCAUCCCCCUCGGAGACGGGGUCUACCUGGUUCCCAUGGAAACGACGGCCUCAGUGGCGAUGUCAAAUACAGGUGUGAGAAGGGACCAGCACCAGAACCAGCAGAGCGAGGAGAGGGACCUGUGGACUUUGUUCUUCCCCCGCCAGGAGCAGCGUCUGCUGGGCUGGCUCCGUGGCCGCUCCCCACAGCCCUCCUGCCACCUCAAGGUGCUCCAGCUGACCAAGGCCCUGCGUGACCUGGGUGGCCAGGCACUGGACAGCCACCGGGGGGCGCUCUGGAGGUCAGUCCUCUCCUCCUACACACUAAAGACGGCCUGGCUGCGUCUGCUACUCAGCUCUCCUGCAGAGGCCUGGGAGGAUCGCUAUCUGGUGGCCAGGAUGGAGGAGCUGGUCUGCAGCCUGAGGGACAGCCUCCAGAACCGGGCUCUGGAUCACCUCUUCCUGGGGAGCGACAGCAGCUCCAUCUUACCUGACUCUGUGGCUCUACCUAAGUUGGUCAAGGAGGCGGUGGGAGCUCCAGUGGGGGGUCCAGUGGAGGGUUCGGGGGGACGUUUGGGGGGUUUGGCAGGGAACCUCUGGGCAGGUGUGGACCCAGCCUCAUUGGACCUAGUGUCUGGCCGGUUGGCGUAUGCCUGGAGCCAUCUCCACCGGCUGAUCAGGUUGGGCCGACCCCAGAGGAGUAGCUUGGGGCUGGGCAGGACAGGCAACAUAAACUGCCAGCAUCUGCAACCUGGAGAAUAACCAACUUAUCUUUUCUGGAAACUAAUAAAAGGAUUACAGGUGAAAACAGAGGUGAACAAAAAGGUAACAGCUAAUAUCCUCCAACAACAGGCCUAGUCAAACAGAGAGAUACAUAGACAGACGGGAUGGAUGAAACAUCAGACUACUUCCUCAUCCAAAGGUUGUACAGGAGCUACUGGUCUAGAAUAAAAAGAAAGCCUAUAACAGUGAUGGGACGUUCUCUGAGUCAUCCCUCUUAACCAGUCAUGAAUGGAAAUCAUAGGGAAUGUGUGAAUUUGUAAUUUAUGAAUUUAUAAUUUAUGAAUUUGUAAUUUAUGAAUUUGUAAUGAAUACAUGUGUAAUUUUUCCCUGGUACCUAAUGAAUGAGGUUUCAUUCAUAACCAGAGUGAUUGUAUGUCUGCCUCUGUCUGUGUCCCUGUUGGCACCCUAUUCCGUAUUUAGUGCACUAUUUUCCCAUAGGACUCUGGUCCAAAGUAGUGCACUAAG